CAUACCUUUCACAACCAAAAUGCCCGAGCAGUUUGCGCCAUUGAAGAACGACCUCUUGCUGAGGGCCGCCAGAGGUGAGGAGGUGCCCCGCCCUCCGAUCUGGGUCAUGAGGCAAGCCGGUCGCUACCUCCCCGAAUAUCACGAAGCGAAAGGCAACCGCGACUUCUUCGAAUGCUGUCGCAGUCCCGAGAUCGCCUCCACCUUGACCCUCCAGCCCAUUGAGCGGUAUGCCGGACUCAUCGAUGCAGCGAUCAUCUUCUCAGACAUCCUGGUGAUUCCCCAGGCCAUGGGCAUGCAGGUCGAGAUGGUUGACAAGAAGGGUCCGCACUUCCCGCAGCCGCUGCAAUCGCCGGACGAUGGACAGUACGAGACGGUGAUGCAAAAGCAGGUGGACGUCAAGGGUGAGCUGGACUAUGUGUACAAGGCCAUCACGCUCACCCGCCACAAGCUCGCGGGUCGCGUGCCGUUGAUUGGCUUUUGCGGGGCGCCCUGGACACUGCUGUGCUACAUGGUCGAGGGGGGUGGCACGAAGCUCUUCGUUCAGUCGAAGAAGUGGAUCUACCGGUACGCCGAGGAGUCCAAGGCUCUGCUGCAGAAGAUCGCCGAGAUCUGCGUCGAGUACUUGGCGCUGCAGGUCGAGGCGGGUGCGCAGCUGGUGCAGGUGUUUGACUCCUGGGCCGGCGAGAUGUCGCCCGUGGCCUUCAGCCGGUUUUCCCUCCCCUAUCUGCGCUAUAUCGCCCAGAACCUCCCGAAGAAGCUGGCGGAGAUGGGUCUGGAGCCCGUCCCGAUGACCGUCUUUGCGAAGGGGGCUUGGUUCGCUCUGGAGGAUCUGUGCGAGUCGGGCUACAACGUGGUUGGUCUGGACUGGUUGCAUGAUCCCGCGGAGGCCAAGAAGAUUGCGAACGGUCGCGUUACGCUGCAAGGCAAUGCCGAUCCGGGUGUUCUCUACGGUACUCGCGAGGCCAUCACCGAGGCCGUGGAGACCAUGGUUCGCGGAUUCUGGCCGGGCAAGAAGGGUUGGAUCGCCAAUUUGGGACACGGUAUCACUCCGUUCGUCAACCCUGAUGAUCUCCGGUUCUACUUUGAGGAAAUUCACCGCUUGACAGCGGCGUAAGGCCGUCGCUUGAUGGGUGGGUAUGACUCAUACAAAUCUCCCGACUAUAUACAUUCUGGAUAUGUUCAUUGCAGCGUAUUUGCGAUUCCUUUCUCGCACAAUGAUACUCAGACGGCAAUAUCCUCGUUC